GUUCUGAUUUAUGCCUUUAAUUUAAUAUAAUUGUUCAUAUGUUUGCCUCAAAAUGGUAAAUUUCUUCCAUUCUGUUCCCUUUUUAAGAUUUUGAAGCAGUCCCUCACGCCAUUCCCCAAUUUUAGCCACAAUUGUCUCUCUCUUUCACUCUCCAUUUAAAAACUUCUGUUUAGUUUUUUGCUUUUUUUCUUUUUAAUUUCAUAGCCAAUUUUUUUAUUUUUUUUUGUGAUUGUUUAGCCUCAAAAAAAUUGACUGGUUAUUGUAUGAUUGAUUUGAAUAGAGUGGUGAGCCUAAAAAAGAGAGAAUUAUAUGAAAAAAAAAUUAUGAAUUCAAAGUCAACUUUUUCGUCUCUCUUAAAUGAAACUUUUUUGGUUUCAUUGGGAGAGAGGUCAGACUUGUUUUUUUAAUUAUAUGAUCAAAGCUUUUUUUAAUUUUGAGGGUUUUGUUUGAAUUUGAAUUUUAAAAUUUUAAUAUUUUAAAAAAAUUAUAGAUUAAAAUUAUUUUUUAGGUAAUUGGUCUCUGUCCUGAAUAAUGCUGGAAAUUUAAUCUACAUGGUGAAGUAAUUCCAGAGUUGUUGAUAGGGAAAUUUGUGUUUUUUCUUUCAUAUUUAAUUACAAUAUAAAGGUCAAGUUUUUGAGGCAAAAUAUAUUAGAAAUGUAUUGCUUACUCUUUUUAUGAUUGGUAGGCAAUCUAUUUUACAAAUAAUAAAUUUUUUUGAUUGGUUUUUAGGUGAUAAGGUCAAUAUUUGUUUGGUAAUUUGAUAUUAGGUCUCAUUGUUGAUUGAUGAUUUAUUUUUUUAUUUUAAAGUAUUGAUAUAAUGAUGAGAAUUUGGAUAUUAAAUUGAUCAGAUCCUUUUAGGAUAAGGAAACAAGUAGUUUGUUUUCAAAUUCUAAUUGGUUUUUGAUUCCAUUGUUCUUAUUAUAUAAGAAAUUGUAUGUGUAUGUCCGAUAUAUUUAUUAUAUAAUGGAUUCAACAAGAAUUGAGGAUGCAGCUGUUUCUGCCAUGGCAGAGAAGAAAUCUGAUGGUAAUGUGAGCGCGACGGUGAAAGGUACAGGAAGAAGUAUGAGUAGCAAAGAUAUGAUUUUUCGCGCUGAUAAAAUCGAUCUUAAGAACUUAGAUGUACAGCUAGAGAAGCAUCUUAGCAAAGUUUGGUCGAGGAGUGUUGAGAAUCCAGGGCCUAAAGAAGAAUGGGAGAUUGAUUUGUCAAAGUUGGAAAUUAAACAUGUUGUUGCCCAUGGAACUUACGGAACUGUUUAUCGCGGUACUUAUGAUAAUCAAGAAGUUGCAGUGAAGGUAUUGGACUGGGGAAUGGAUGGUAUGUCCGCAACUGCUGAAACUGCCACUUUGCGGGCAUCAUUUCGGCAAGAAGUUGCUGUUUGGCACAAGCUUGACAAUCCUAACGUUACAAGCUUUGUUGGAGCAUCAAUGGGAACAUCAAAUCUCAAGAUUCCGUCAAAAAACCAAUCUGGUGAUCAAGCUUCUCUUCCUUCUAGAGCAUGUUGUGUGGUUGUUGAGUAUCUGGCUGGCGGAACACUCAAACAAUAUUUGAUAAGGAAUAGACGAAAGAAACUUCCUUUUAAGGUUGUAAUCCAACUUGCUUUGGAUCUCGCUAGAGGACUUAGCUACCUACAUUCAAAGAAGAUUGUGCAUCGUGAUGUUAAAACAGAAAAUAUGUUACUAGAUACUCAUAGAAAUCUUAAAAUUGCCGAUUUUGGUGUUGCCCGCGUUGAAGCUCAAAAUCCAAGGGAUAUGACUGGUGAAACAGGUACCCUUGGAUAUAUGGCUCCAGAGGUUCUAGAGGGAAAACCAUAUAACAGAAGCUGUGAUGUCUAUAGCUUUGGCAUAUGCUUAUGGGAAAUUUAUUGCUGUGAUAUGCCUUACCCUGAUCUUAGCUUUGCCGAUGUGUCCUCUGCUGUUGUUCGUCAGAAUUUACGGCCGGAGAUGCCCAGAUGUUGUCCAAGUUCUUUAGCAAGUAUAAUGCGAAAAUGCUGGGAUGCAAAUGCAAACAAACGUCUUGAAAUGGCAGAGGUGGUAAGAUUAUUGGAAGCAAUCGAUACAAGCAAGGGCGGAGGGAUGAUAUCUGACGAUCAAGCAUCGGGGUGUUUCUGUUUUACACCUGCUCGUGGUCCCUAAAUUUUCUAGAAUUGUUCCUUAUAUACCAUUCUUUUAUGUUUUUACUUGUUUUGCUUGAAAGCACAAGCCAAUUCAUGUUGACUAGUACUUUUUAGCCCUACACCAACAUUUUUUUCACAGUAAAGAAAAGUUCUUAACUCUUA